UGACUAUUCUACACCCGCCAGACACCCUUUUGUCAAGUACAAGAGCAAAUAGUCACGAUUGUAGCCGACCCCGACUGCGUUCUUCUUGUUCUUAUUGUUCUUGCUUUCAUUAAGUGGGUGAUAUAAAGGGAUGCAUGGCACGAGGCUGGACUACCACGAUACAGAUACAACCAUUAGUCCGCCCUCCUCCCUUAUCCUUGGUGCUCCAUCUGCUGUCCAGCUAUACUUAGUCAAUGCCUACCUACCUCACUCACGGCCAGUGUCUGCUCAUAGACUCUUCAUACUAUCUCCGAAGGGCUCAGGCUCCCUCAUGUCCGUCAGCACACUCUCCCUCCAGGAAGGUAUUCGAUAUCCCUCCUUCCCGUUCAUUCCCUAUCCCUCGUUCGUUCUCUCCGCCUGACUGGAACUGUCUUCCAGAGAGCGACCAGCACUGGCUCAAAGUUCGACUGCGGAAUAAUCUCCAAGCUGGCGACCUCUCCAGCAUGCCCUCCUGGUUCCCGUUCCUCCGCCUCAUGCCUUCCUCGUGUCCUUCCUCGCCAGCAUCCUAUCAGUCAUACGAAUUCCGCCAGGAGUUUCCUACCUCUAGUGGGGGCUGUGCCGUGACUUUCUCGUUCUGCGCAGUCCAAGAGCAGCUCUUCACAUGGCGGAUAGCCCUGCCGUCGAGUCAAUGGCAGACGGAGGGCCAACCUAUGACUAUGGCACAGGUUCAGGUCCACAGGUCUGUGAUGAAUACGCCGUAUUGGAGGUUCAUGGAAAAGGAUCCUUCGGUCAUCUUGCGCGCUCUGUCCACGUCUCUCGAACUGGGGGUUUUGAUCACGAUCGCGCCUAGGCAGCUGUUCUCUCAGGAGAUCUCGUAUAUGGCUACGAGUAUUGAUGGAAAGCAGGAGAUUCUAUACUCGGCGCAAUGCCAGUGAUGAUCAUUCAGUGUCACUGGGUUUCUAAUUUCCCAUCCAAAACGUCGUUCCUGAUACGGCGGCCUUGAGAUUCGCAUUCAGGAUUUCGAUUUUCAACCUCAUGACCUAAUCAUUUGUCUAUUCACAUUAUCAUUAUUACUACCGGACUCGGAGCUGUUUCACGCAUGUACAUGUUUAUACUGAUGUCACAUCCACGUCUCCUUACCCACAACUUCCUAUAUAUAUACACCAUACGCUGUCCAAUUACACCCUUGUAUCUCUACUCAACAUUCCU